AUGAUUGAAGAACAUAAUUGUUUUGAAGAAUUUAUAAAUACAGCAGCAAUUGGUGAACAACAAGUUUAUGGUGAAUAUAAAUCUAAAUUAGAUUCAUUUACAGAUGAAAGUAAAUUACCAUAUGAAUUAUUAUUAGAGAGAAAGAAUUUAGUAGAAUUGAAAAUUUCUGAUGAAGAAUAUAAAAAGAGUGAAUCUGCAUUAAAAACACCAAAUCCAACAUUAUUACAAAAGUUUCAAAUUAAUUUUUAUCAAACUAUUGAAUCGAUUAAUCAAGUAUUUAAACCAUCAUCAUCAUCAUCAAAUCAAUCAUCAUCAUCGUCCUCCUCGAAUGAAGAUGAUUCAUUACAAAAUAAAAAGAUUAAAGUAAUGUCAUGGCAUCCACAACAUAGAUUACUUGCAGUUUGUAAUAAAAAUGAUGUUAUUUAUAUCUACUAUUUCCCAAAUCAAGAUAUGUAUGGUAUGGGUAAUGUCAGACCUUUAACAUUAUGGUUUGAAUUACAAUCAAAAGUUUAUGAUAUACAAUGGAAACCUUUCUUACCAUAUACUUUAGCUGUUGCUUGUGAAAAUGGUAUAAUUUUAUGGGAAAUUGAUAUAAGUGAUUUAAAAGUUGAAUUAAAGAGAACAUCACCAAAUUAUAGAAUUAAUCAAUCAAGUACUUGUGCAAAUAUUUUAAAUUAUCCAUACUUUUUAUCAAAUACAAUUACAUGGUCAUCAAAUGGUUUACAAUUAGCAUGUGGUUCAACUAAUCAUAGUUCAAUUCUAUUAUGGGAUGUUGUAUCUAGAGUACCAACAUUCAUACCACGUUAUAAUGGUAACUCAUUAUUAGUUUGGUCUCCAAAAAAUGAUUAUCUUUUAUCUUGUGGUGGUAAAACUUGUAGAAUUUUCGAUAUCUCAAAAUGGGAUUACAAUAAUAAAGAAUGGCCAAUGUUAACAAAUUAUCAAACAGGAUCAUGGAAUGGAAAAGGUGAAUAUUUAGCAGUUGCAAGUGGUGAUAGAAUUCAGUUUAUUCAAUGUAUAAAUAGAGCAUUUGAAUCAGGUGGUGAAUUAAUGUAUGUUGAGAAAACUUCAACCUAUAGAUUACAAAAUGUUGGUGGUAGUGGUGGUGGUUCAAGUAGUAGUGAAUUAUUUUUAGGCGGACAUAUAAAGAAAAUUGCAUGGUCACCUGAUAGUCAAAGAUUGGCUGUCAUCUUUUAUUUAAAUAGCAAGAGUAGAAAUAAUGAUACUUAUUGUGCAAUCUAUAAAAUUAAAACUUAUCCUAAAUUUUCUGUAACACCAAGAGGUUUCAUAAGGUCAAAAGAUCAAUCAAUUCAAUCAGUUUCUUUUGUCCCAAAUUAUAAAAAAGGUUCUUUAUUAUCAAUUGCCUACAAUGAUGGAACAAUUAAAUUUUUCCCAUUAUUAUAUCAAUAUAAACAAUAA